GCAAGGAGGAUGGAGAAGCCGCAGUAAAUGCGGCUCAUGAUGUCGAAACGGUCCUCCUCCGUUAUUCAGGCUACAGAGAGAGAGAGAGAGAGAGAGAGAGAGAGAGAGAGAGAGAGAGAGAGAAGGAGAGAGAGAGAGAAAUAGAGAGAGAGAGAGAGAGACGCUGAAUUUAGGCAUAACGGGGAUGUGAUGCAUUAGUCCCCUCUCCUCCCUCCAUCUCCAUCUCCAUCUCCUUUGCUUCUCCACUGCGAGGAGACUAAAGAUGCGCACACCACCUUGAAGCGACCUCGUUUGUACGCGAUUGACGAUUUGUGCUCAUGAGCCUGCUCGGAGGCUACAAGAAGAGGAGCGGUUAUGAUGGUUAUGAAUCUUUGCAGUUGGUCGAUAGCGGAGGAGGCGGCGGAGACUUCAGCGGCGGCGGCGGAGGAGGAGGAGGAGGAUCGGCGGCACUGACCCUCGGCUCCAAGGCGCGACCAGACCACUGCAGCAUCAUGGACGGCUCUGAUUUGGAUGGGAACUAUGGGGGUGGACUGCUGGACAUGGUUAAAGGAGGUGCUGGAAAGUUCUUCAGCAACUUCAAGGACAACCUGAAGGACACCAUCAAGGACACGUCCACAAAAGUUAUGAAUCAAGUUGCCACCUACACCAAAGGAGAGCUGGACAUCGCCUACAUCACCUCUCGUAUCAUAGUGAUGUCAUAUCCUGCGGAGUCUGUGGAGUUGGGCUACAGGAACCAUGUGGAGGAUAUCCGUUCUUUCCUGGACUCGCAUCAUGCCGAUCAUUACACGGUUUUCAAUCUGUCCCAGAGGAACUACCGUGGAGCCAAGUUCUCCAACAGGGUUUCUGAAUGCAGUUGGCCAGGCAGACAGGCCCCGAGCCUUCACAACCUGUUUGCAGUUUGUAAGAACAUGCACAACUGGCUCAAGCAGAACCCCAAGAACGUGUGUGUGAUCACCUGCUCGGAUGGCAGAGGUCCUUCUGGUGUGCUGGUCUGUGCCAUGUUCUGCUUCUGCCACCUUUUCACUAACCCGGUACCUGCCAUGCAGCUGCUCAACACCAAGAGGCCUGGACCAGGCCUGUGGCCCUCACACAGGAGGUACGUAGGCUACGUGUGUAGCAUGGUUUCCGAGAAGCCCACAUUGCCCCACUCUAAACCGCUAGUAAUCAAAGCUGUCACGAUGAAUCCCAUACCCUGCUUCAACAAACAGCGCAGUGGCUGUCGACCUUUUUGUGAUGUCCUGAACGGCGAGACAAAGAUCUUCUCCACAGCACAGGAGUACGAGAGGAUGAGGGAGUACAGGGUGCAUGAGGGGAAGGUGGUCUUCAACCUGGGAGUGAGCGUCCAAGGCGAUGUGGUGAUCUCAGCCUUCCACAUGCGCUCCCAUGCGCUACAAGCUAAGGUGACCAACACACAAAUAUUCCAGAUUCAGUUCCAUACAGGCUUCAUUGCCCCUGGCACAACAGUCUUAAAGUUUUUGAAGCCAGAGCUGGAUGCUUGUGAUUCUCCAGACAAGUAUCCUCAGCUGUUCCAAGUUCUUCUGGAGAUUGAGGUGGAAGACACAGAGAAACAGAAAGAUCUCACACCACCCUGGGAACAGUUCCCCACCAAAGACCUGAGCCCAAAUGUGCUGUUUUCCAGCCACCAGGAACACAAGGAUGCUCUUGCUGUCACAGAUCCAGCACAGGCCCAAGGGGCCCAGGGGGGCCGGGUGGGCCCAAAUGAGGAGAGCGAGCCCUCAGAUGAUGACAUGCUAUCACUCUCCAGCCAGCAGAGCAGCGGCAGUGGCGAGAAAGCCAAAGGGGCCAGUAAAGCCGAGGCUCCACCCACUGCCGCCCCUCCGCUUGCUGAGGACGUUGACCUCCUGGGGCUGGAUGGAGGUAACAUUCCGCCGCCUCCAACUUCCCCACAGCCUUCAAACACCACAAACACUACUACUGACCUUCUGGGAGAUUUGUUUGGAGCUCCAGGCUCUCAGAUAUCCAGUGGCACUGCUUCUGCCCAGUCUACUCCUAAAAGGACGACCUCCUCGACCUCGCCUUGCCCCUCACCUAGACCCUCAGACAGUUUUGACCUGUUCGGGUCGGCUCCAUCUGCUGCAAAGCCUCAAGACUUUAUGGGGGCCUUCCUGGGAGCAGGUAAUGUGAGACAGUCAGAGUCCUUUCUGCAUGCAGCACACUCUCCAUCUCCCACUAUGCAGAGCAUGGUCUUGGGCCGCAGCUCACCCGUGCCCCCCGCUACACCCACUGUAAACAUCCAGCAGAGCACUAUGGGAGGAGGAUGGGACUGGAACAGAGCAGCUCCACCUGGUGGUGGAUUUAAUGUAGGCAGUAAAUCAGCUGGUACAAGCCCUACUGGCUCUGCACACAACACUCCUACUCACCAGGCCAAGCCGAACACCCUGGACCCUUUCGCUGACAUUGGCAACCUGGGAGCCAGUCUGGGAGGUGGAUCAGGAUUCUCCAGUAAGCCCACCACACCAACUGGAACAGGAGGAGGAUUUCCACCCAUGAGUUCCCCUCAGAGACCAUCUCCCUCUCCCCAACACACCACAGCAGGCUGGCAGUCCAGCACAGCUUUCCCCGCAUGGCAGCACGGAGGUGCAGGUCAGUGGCCACCUCAGGCCCAGGCCAAAGCCCCAGGACCAUCCAUGACACACAGCUCUCCUCAGAACAGACCCAACUACAACGUCAGCUUCUCCGGCAUGGGUGGAGCUAUACCCGCAGGAAAAGUACAACCCAACAUAGGUACCAAACCAAAGGCUACUACUGCUAAUUUUGAUGACCUGCUGUCAGGACAAGGCUUUAUAGGUGGAAAGGAAAAGAAAGGUCCAAAAACUAUAGCAGAGAUGAGAAAAGAAGAGAUGGCAAAAGAGAUGGACCCAGAAAAGCUCAAGAUCCUGGACUGGAUCGAGGGAAAGGAGCGCAACAUCCGUGCUUUACUCUCCACCAUGCAUACAGUGCUGUGGGAAGGAGAGAACCGCUGGAAAUCUGUAGGAAUGGCUGACCUUGUCACACCUGAACAGGUGAAGAAGGUCUACCGCAAGGCUGUGCUGGUCGUCCACCCUGACAAGGCCACAGGACAGCCCUAUGAACAAUAUGCCAAGAUGAUUUUUAUGGAACUAAAUGAUGCGUGGUCAGAGUUUGAAAGCCAAGGACAAAAAGCUCUUUACUGAGACUUGCUGCACAGAGCGACCGCAGAAAUAUCCCACCCUGCUGCUGUUUACGACACAAUCGUUCAACCACUCCUCCUCAGAACAGCAUGAGACGAUGACGACGAGGUUCAUCAGAACCCCCUUCGCUGUUCUCCUCUGUCUCCUACGUCCUGCUCCGUACACUGCACACACUAGUGCGUUUGUCUGCAUAGUGUGACUGUGUGUCAGUGUGCAACGACUUUGUAACUGGUCUCAUAUACUGUAUAAGCUGAUGAGCGAGCUACUACAUGAGCGUAGACAUGGUCAUGAGUUCUCCCCAGAAUCUACAUCUUUACAUAUCUUUUCACAAAUACAGUAUUUCUUCUGUUUUUUUUUGUUUUGUUUUUUUUUGUAGUUAACUAGAUCAGAUCCUAAACAACUUGCCACACAUUAAACUGGUCUUAAUUACAUAUAGUGGUGUAAGUGGUGUAGAGAACGUGCAGGUCGGUGAUGACACUGAAGAGCCUUAUUGAUACUUAGCACCAAGAGAUAAGAGCAAAGCUUAAAGGUUAGCAUGAGGAAACAGUGUCAGCAUACAGUGAAAAAAAUCUUGCUCUUCUACACUGCGUGGAGUAAUAUAAGGCCGUUGGAGUUCACGCGUGGGCAUGAAAAGCACAGAAAUAACGAUCGAGUAGACAAGUUUUGUACAUGCAGCUAGCUAUAGUGAUAUAAUUAACAGAAUCUGUGAAAUGCAAAAGACAAGGAGGUGACGUUUUUCAUUGACUACUGAUGUAUCUGUGUGUAUGAAAUUGUAUUUGUUUACAAAAAUAGACGUAAGACAAAUGGAUUACUUGCAGCACAGAGAGUCAAAAACAACAAAACACAAGUGGCUAAUAAUAAUAACCAUACUGAAAAAUAAUGUAUCGUUUCGUGCGCUUAAUUCAUUGUGUACUAAAAACUUAACUGUGAAAAAAUUACAGUGCACGUUUAUUAAAAUAGCAAAGUUGAAUGAGAUGCGUGACGGGAAAUCAUUUUGAAGUUACAAAAUAAUCGCUGAUAUAAACUAUAUACUUAUAUAAAAUUGAUUUGGAAUGAGAACGAAUUGAUAAAUAUAUUUAAAAAAAUGACGUUCCGAUUUUUUGGAUGUCUCUCAGUGAACCGUUAUAAUUUGUUCUAAUUAUCCUUAUUAAUGGAUAAAAAUAAAUAAAGUUUCAUCUAGACAUGAAAAUAUACAGGUCAUAUGGUUCAAUAAAAAGGUUUAAAUAUUUAUCCAUGACAUCCAUUUGAUGUUUAAUUUUUUUUUCCAAGUCUACACUUUUUAUGCAAUUGUUUGUAAAUCGUAUGGAAUAAUAUCAGAUAUCUAAUUAGGUCUCUUAGAAUUCAUAUUGUGAUAAUAAUGUACCAGGAUUUGGUCACCUCUCUCAAGAUUCUUCUAAAUCUGAAUAUUCUGACUGAAUUAAGAUGUAUAUUUGGCUUGAAUAUGCUUGAGUGUGUAAGUGUGUAUAUGUGUGAAUUGAUGUCUAGAAUUCUCCCAGUUUUUUGACUAGCACUGACUCAUUAGCUCUCUCGGGUUGCUUCUUUUCCCAUAGAGAUGUUUUAAUUUGAUUUCACAUAAGAAACAAAGACCUCAAUAUUGUUCACUGAACUUCAAGUUAACUUCUGCAAUAGUUGGAUAGUUUCAAGUCAUGUGUAGGCAUAUAAAGUGGUACACAGCCCAUAUGUAAUGACUCUUUGCCACAAAACUAAUCUGCCCUUUCUCAAUUGGUAUAUUUGCACUGGAAUGGCACUCGUUAUCCAUAAUAUACAAUAGAUAUGUACGUUAACACAUGGUACCUACUUAACUAUUGCUCAUAAUUUCUAAAAACUGGAUCCUGUUGUUGACGUUUAGGGCUCUUCUGAAUCUUUCAGUCAACUGCCUCUCCCUCUCUGCAAAAGACUUACCUCAAUGUCUUCUGAAAAUAUCAAGCAUCGGUCCAUUAUCGGAUGGACCAUCGUAUUCCACCUUUCCUCUUUCCUCAGCUCUUCUGGACUAGAUUAUCUUUCACCUUAAGGCUGUCCUAUUGUUCUGAAGCUAAUCUUUGUAUACAGUAGUGAACGUGUGGUGUUACCAAUAAUACUGUACUAUGUAUGAAGGUGGUUUGGAUGCAGUUCUGUGUUUGCCUGUCUGCUGUAUCGCCAUUACUGAAAUUUUAUUUUACGUGUUCCCUCUCUCAGUUUUACCCGUAUAAAAGUGAGCUGCACAAAUAAA